UGAACAGCAAGGACUUUAGAAUAUUAGCAGCGUGACUUCAUCCUCAUCCCAAUUUGUUUACACUUAUAGAAGGUACAUGGCAUUCUAUGAAUUUAGAAUUGUUGUUUAGGAAUGAAUUGUGUAAGUUAGCUGCAAUACCAAAUACUUUUAAAAGGAAGGAGACAAAUCCUGGAUGCUUAGUGGAGAUGGCCAGUAUAAAGUCCUCUUCACCUUGCUCACAAAGUGUUUGAGAAAUUGACAAUGGCUAAGCAUAGAGCUCUUCUGUUUUAUCAUGCUUUCAUAAUUCUCAUCCUCACUCUGAGUUUAUUUUGCAAAGCAACUUCUGAGGAUAGAAAGGUGUAUAUUGUGUACUUGGGAUCACUUCCUGAUUGGGUUUUCUCACCAUCUUCUCACCACCUUAGUAUUCUACAGAGAGUUGUCCAGGAAAAUGGUUCUGCUGAAAAUUUGUUGGUAAGAAGUUACAAAAGGAGUUUCAAUGGAUUUGCUGCCAAACUCACUGACCAGGAAAGAGAAAAACUUUCUAAUAUGAAGGAAGUGGUCUCUGUCUUUCCAAGCAGACCAUUGCAACUUCAAACAACAAGAUCUUGGGACUUUAUGGGUUUCAAUGAGAAAGUCAAGCGAAAUGCCGGUGUUGAGGGUGAUAUUAUUGUUGGUGUGAUUGACAGUGGAAUUUGGCCGGAGUCAGAUAGCUUUAAAGAUGAAGGUUUUGGUCCUCCUCCAAAGAAGUGGAAAGGUGCUUGUGAAGGCGGCAAAAAUUUCACUUGCAACAACAAGGUCAUUGGAGCACGAUAUUACUUAACAGAGUCAGCAAGGGAUGAAUGGGGUCAUGGAACCCACACUGCCUCAACAGCAGCAGGGAAUGCUGUAAAGGAUGUAAGCUUUUAUGGACUAGCACAAGGAACUGCAAGAGGAGGUGUUCCCGCUGCAAGAAUUGCAGUGUAUAAAGUGUGCUCCCGUGAAAAAUCGUGCAGUGCACACAAUACCUUGGGUGCUUUUGACGAUGCUAUUGCUGAUGGAGUUGACAUUAUUACAAUUUCUGUUUCAUUUACUGCCAUAAGAGAUUUCGACGAGGACCCUAUUGCAAUUGGUGCUUUUCACGCAAUGGAGAAAGGGAUACUAACAUCAAACUCUGCCGGCAACAAUGGUCCUUCAGGUGCUACUGUGUCAAGUGUAGCUCCAUGGAUGCUUACAGUUGCAGCAAGUAGCAUGGACCGUCGGAUUAUUGACAAGGUUGUUCUUGGAGAUGGAAGGACACUAGUUGGGAACUCUAUCAACACUUUCGGAUUAAAUGGAACAAGCUUUCCUCUGAUACAUGGCAAAGAUGUUUCAAGGAACUGCACAGAAAAAAGUGCCGGAAGUUGUGAACAAGGUUGCUUGGUCAGUGAUUUGGUGAAGGGGAAGAUUGUGCUAUGUGAUCGAUACACUAGUGGAGUUUCUGAGGCCUAUAAAGUUGGUGCACUGGGUUCAAUUUUAACCAAUUACAUCAAUAUUGAUGAUGCUUCUUUUGUUCUCCCAUUACCUGCGUCAACUUUAAACAACACAGAGUAUAAUGAGGUCAUGUCCUACAUGAACUCCACCAGAGAUCCUCAAGCAAACUUAUUAAAAAGUGAAGUCAUAAAAGAUCUGGUUGCACCUAUUGUUGCCUCCUUGUCUGCUCGUGGACCGAAUCUCAUUUUACCCGAUAUUAUCAAGCCAGAUAUAAGUGCCCCGGGGGUAGAAAUUUUGGCUGCAUAUUCACCUAAUGCUUCUAUCUCAAUUCGGCAAGACAUGAGGCGUGUUAAAUACAACAUAAUGACUGGAACCUCCAUGGCUUGCCCCCACGCCACUGCUGUAGCUGCAUAUGUUAAAACCUUCCACCCUGAUUGGUCUCCUGCAGCCAUCAAAUCAUCUAUUAUGACUACUGCUUGGCCCAUGAAUGAGACCAACAGCAACAUUUCCAGUGGUGAAUUUGCUUAUGGAUCCGGACAUAUCAAUCCUGUAAAAGCAAUAGACCCCGGGCUUGUGUAUGAAGUGUCUAAAGAAGACUACGUAAAGUUGCUAUGCAUGAAAUAUGAAGAAAGCAUGGUUAGGCUUAUAUCAGGAGACAACAGCAGUUGCCCUACAGGUUCUGAAAAAGGAUCUCCAGUGGAUCUUAAUUACCCUUCAAUGGGAGCUAAAGUUGCAGCAGUGGAACCUUUUACGGUAAAAUUUCACAGAACAGUUAAAAAUGUUGGCCUUGCAAACUCCACUUACAAGGCCAUUAUGUCUCCUAAUGCCAAAAUUGACAUCAAGGUGGUGCCAGAAGUUAUUUCCUUCGCGUCCUUGAACGAGGAGAAGACUUUUGACGUAACAGUUGCUGGAAGUGGUUUGCCAUAUGAAUUGCGAGUUUCUGCUUCACUGGUUUGGUCUGAUGGUACACACAGUGUUAGAAGUCCAAUUGUUGUGUACACAGUACCUAAAAUAAUGAGUAAAGAGACCUAACAUUUCCAAAUGUGUUAGUAUGCCUUUUAAAGAGGCUUCAUUCAGCUUACUGGGAAGAAAAUACGAUGCUUAAAGAUUCCUUGUCAUUGCCCGCUUUAAGGUUUUUUUUUUUCCUUCU